AUGUCAAAGGCUGUUGGUAUUGAUUUAGGUACAACUUAUUCUUGUGUUGCCCAUUUUGCUAAUGAUAGAGUUGAAAUCAUUGCAAAUGAUCAAGGUAAUAGAACUACUCCUUCAUUCGUUGCUUUUACUGAUACUGAAAGAUUAAUUGGUGAUGCUGCUAAAAAUCAAGCUGCUAUGAAUCCAUCAAAUACUGUUUUCGAUGCUAAAAGAUUAAUUGGUAGAAAAUUUAAUGAUGCUGAUGUUCAAAAUGAUAUUAAACAUUUCCCAUUUAAAGUUGUUGAUAAAGGUGGUAAACCAAAUAUUCAAGUUGAAUAUAAAGGUGAAACUAAAGUUUUUACCCCAGAAGAAAUUUCAUCAAUGGUUUUAAGUAAAAUGAAAGAAACUGCUGAAGGUUAUUUAGGUACUCAAGUUAAUGAUGCUGUUGUUACCGUUCCAGCUUAUUUCAAUGAUUCACAAAGACAAGCUACUAAAGAUGCUGGUUUAAUUGCUGGUUUAAAUGUUAUGAGAAUUAUUAAUGAACCAACUGCUGCUGCAAUUGCUUAUGGUUUAGAUAAAAAAUCUGAAGCUGAAAAAAAUGUUUUAAUUUUCGAUUUAGGUGGUGGUACUUUUGAUGUUUCAUUAUUAUCAAUUGAAGAUGGUAUUUUUGAAGUUAAAGCUACCGCGGGUGAUACUCAUUUAGGUGGUGAAGAUUUUGAUAAUAGAUUAGUCAACUUUUUCAUUCAAGAAUUUAAAAGAAAAAAUAAAAAAGAUAUUUCAACUAAUCAAAGAGCUUUAAGAAGAUUAAGAACUGGUUGUGAAAGAGCUAAAAGAACUUUGUCAUCAUCAGCUCAAACUUCAAUUGAAAUUGAUUCAUUAUAUGAAGGUAUUGAUUUCUAUACUUCAAUUACUAGAGCUAGAUUUGAAGAAUUAUGUGCUGAUUUAUUCAGAUCAACUUUAGAACCAGUUGAAAAAGUUCUUAAAGAUUCAAAAAUUGAUAAAUCACAAGUUCAUGAAAUUGUUUUAGUUGGUGGUUCAACAAGAAUUCCAAAAGUUCAAAAAUUAGUUUCAGAUUUCUUUAAUGGUAAAGAACCAAAUAGAUCAAUUAACCCAGAUGAAGCUGUUGCUUAUGGUGCUGCUGUUCAAGCUGCUAUUUUAUCAGGUGAUACUUCAUCAAAAACUCAAGAUUUAUUAUUAUUAGAUGUUGCUCCAUUAUCAUUAGGUAUUGAAACUGCUGGUGGUAUUAUGACUAAAUUAAUUCCAAGAAAUUCAACCAUCCCAACCAAAAAAUCAGAAACUUUUUCAACUUAUGCUGAUAAUCAACCAGGUGUUUUAAUUCAAGUAUUUGAAGGUGAAAGAACUCAAACUAAAGAUAAUAAUUUAUUAGGUAAAUUCGAAUUAUCAGGUAUUCCUCCAGCUCCAAGAGGUGUUCCACAAAUUGAAGUUACUUUUGACAUUGAUGCUAAUGGUAUUUUAAAUGUUUCAGCAUUAGAAAAAGGUACUGGUAAAACUCAAAAAAUUACAAUCACUAAUGAUAAAGGUAGAUUAUCAAAAGAAGAUAUUGAAAGAAUGGUUUCAGAAGCUGAAAAAUUUAAAGAUGAAGAUGAAAAAGAAGCUAAUAGAGUUCAAGCUAAAAAUCAAUUAGAAUCAUAUUCUUAUUCAUUGAAAAAUUCAUUAGGUGAAGAACAAUUAAAAUCAAAAUUAGAAGCUUCUGAAAUCGAAGAAGUUACUAAAGCUGCUGAUGAAACUAUUUCAUGGUUAGAUUCAAAUCAAACUGCUACUCAAGAAGAAUUUGCUGAUAAACAAAAAGAAUUAGAAUCAAAAGCGAAUCCAAUCAUGGCUAAAGCAUAUGGUGGUGCUGCUCCAGGUGGUGCUGGUGGUGCCGCUCCAGGUGGUUUCCCAGGCGCUGCUGGUGGUGCUCCAGAACCAUCUGCUGAUGGUCCAACUGUCGAAGAAGUUGAUUAG